ACGAAUCACUUGCUUUUGCUGUACAUGGAAUAAUAAAGCUAGUGAUUCCUUUUAGAUUCGUAGCAAUACAAUAUUUUAGGUAUUUUUUGAGGAAAUAGGUCGUAAAAAAGGUGUAGAGGAGAAUCAUACAAUGGGAAAAUCCUCUUUCAUUCUUUUUUUCACCCAUGCCUUUGUUUUUAUGGUGCCGGGUAUUUUAGCUAGGACCAUACAAGAUGAAGGAUCUGUUCUUGGAGCAAAUUCAACAAGGAGGGGCCUACAUACCGCAUGCGAAGCAACAAACAAAAUAGACAAGUGUUGGAGGUGCAAACCCAAUUGGGCAGAAAACCGUCAAUUAUUAGCGGAUUGCGCUCUUGGUUUUGCAAAGGGAACCACCGGCGGCAAGGGCGGAGAAAUCUAUGAGGUGACUGAUCCUUCAGAUGACGAUGCAGUGAAUCCAAAACCAGGGACACUUCGUUGUGGUGUUACCCAAAACAGACCUUUAUGGAUCAUCUUUAAGAAAGAUAUGACGAUUACACUCAAACAUGAGCUUGUAAUGACUGGUGAUAAGACAAUCGAUGGUAGGGGUGCAUGCGUCCAGAUCGCUAAUGGUGCUGGUAUCACCAUAAUGAAGGUCAAGAACGUCAUUAUUCAUGGGAUUCACAUACACCAUAUAAAAGAAACACCAGGGGGAGUGAUUAAAGAUUCAGAGACACAUUCUGGGCCAAGAGCAAAAAGCGAUGGUGAUGGUAUCUGCAUCUUUGGUUCUUCCAAGAUAUGGAUUGACCAUUGUACACUCGAUCAUGGUGCAGAUGGGCUUAUAGAUGUUACAAUGGGUGGCACAGACGUAACCAUUUCUAACUGCAUAUUCAACGAUCACGACAAAGUCAUGUUGCUAGGGGUAGGUAAUGAUCUUGAAAAGAACAUGAAAGUCACGGUUGCAUAUAACAAGUUUGGUUGCGGAUGUGUCCAAAGAUUGCCUAGGUGUCGAUGUGGUUUUACACACGUGGUAAACAAUGACUAUGACAAAUGGCAAAUGUAUGCUAUCGGUGGUACGGAUAAACCUACCAUCCUUAGCCAAGGCAACCGAUUUAUGGCUCCUGAUGACAAACAAUACAAACAGGUGACACGAAGGGCGGAGGCCACUGAGGCAGAAUGGAAGACAUGGAAUUGGAAAUCGGAACAUGACAUUUUGCUAAAUGGAGCCUUUUUCAUACCAUCAGGUGGUAAUAUACAACAUCCUCCUGAGAUGCUUGAAGUUGAGACAAAGAUACCCGUUGAGACACUCACCCGUUGUGCGGGCUUACUCAAAUGUACCCCUGGGCAACCUUGUUAAGCACCCAAAAAAAAAACAAUCAUUGAUAUUCUGAACACAAGAUCAAUGACUUUUAGUAGUGACCGAAAUCUGUAGUCAUUAAUUAAUGUAUAUUUAAAAAAAAAGUUUUAAGGAAAUGUUGUAGUUAAAUUUGAUCUUUUACUGACGGAAUAUAUUCAGUCACUAAAAGUCACUAUAGAUCCAAGAGUUAUAUGUAUAUGUUUUUGUCAUACGUAUAUAUAAAUCAAUGCAAACGUGUGAU